GGUUUAUUCUAUUUCAUUGGACCUAACUUUCAAGUAGGCAUUGUAUUCUGUAAGUAUGCGUGAGCUCGCAUGUCCCCAAUGCUGUUGGCUACCUUGAUUGUGUAAUUCACUGCUCAAUUUGCUCCAUUUGUUAUCUCUGGGUAUAAUAUUACAAAGAUGAGACAACAUAAGGAGGAAUUAUAUUGCAGUUCCACCCAAGCCAUUGACUUAAUGUCAGCGGUAAAGGAAUUAAAUAAGUUAUGUUCUCAGGAACUUAGUAAACUUUUGAGGGACUCUGAAAAUUUUGCAGUACACUACACUUCUGAGAACAGCAUACAGAAAACGAUUGACGUAGAAAAGCUUUCAGGCCUCCUUCCUUUGCACCUCAUGGCUGUUCUUAUGUCAUCUGACAGAGAUGAGGCAUUGUUCAGAUAUCUGCUAUGUGGUGUGCGGCUCUUGCAUUCUCUGUGUGAUUUAGCUCCCCGACAUGCUAAACUUGAGCAGAUUUUGCUCGAUGAUGUGAAAAUGUCAGAGCAGCUCCUAGACUUGGUGUUUUAUAUGCUUAUUUUUCUUGGAGGUGUCAGACAGGAAAAGUAUAAAUCUGAUGGCAUUUCUGUUGCAUAUUCAUCAUUGGUUGCAUGUAGUCUCUAUCUAUUAACAGGAUGCAUCUCAUCACAGUGGCAAGAUCUUGUCCACGUAUUGAUUGCACAUCCUAAGGUAGACAUUUUUAUGGAGGCAGCUUUUGCUUCAGUUUCCCAGACGGUUAAGCUUCUGGGCCAAAGGCUGUCAGCUCAGAAUUCUGAUUCCUCCUGCACAGCUCCAAUUGCAGAAUUAACUAACUAUCUAUGCCUUCAGUGUGAAGCAUCUUUACAGUUUCUCCUGAUGCUAUGCCAACAAAAAGUUUUCCGUGAGCGUCUGUUGAGGAAUAAGGAACUUUGUUGUAAAGGUGGUGUUCUGUUCCUUGCUAGAGCCAUCUUGAAUUUGAACGUUUUACACCCUCAUCUUCAGUCUUCCAGAGUUGGUGCUGCUGUAUCUAGACUGAAAGCGAAAGUUCUAUCUAUUCUUCUUAGUCUUUGCGAAGCAGAAAGCAUUUCGUACCUUGAUGAAGUAGCCAGCACACCGAGAAGCUUGGAUUUUGCAAAGUCUGUUGCGUUACAGGUUCUUGAGCUAUUGAAGAAUGCACUUGGUAGGGAUUCCAAAAGUUUAGUUUCUUGUUCAGAAAAAAGGUACCCAACAGGAUUUUUGCAACUCAAUGCAAUGCGCCUGGCUGAUAUCUUCUCCGAUGAUUCCAAUUUUCGAUCUUACAUCACAGUUAACUUUACUAAAGUUUUGACGGCAGUAUUUUCACUCUCUCAUGGAGAUUUUCUAUCCAGUUGGUGUUCUUCUGAUCUCCCUGUUAAGGAAGAGGAUGCAACUCUCGAAUAUGAUUCUUUUGCAGCAGCUGGCUGGGUUUUGGAGAAUUUUUCUUCAUUGGGCCCUCUACGUCCAAAAAGUUUGGACUUCACAUUAAUUCCGAGUAUUAUGGCCCCAGCUUCCUAUGCACAUCAGAGAACAUCGUUAUUUGUCAAAGUAAUUGCAAACCUCCACUGCUUCGUUCCAACCAUCUGUGAAGAACAGGAAAGAAAUCUUUUCCUUCAUGGAUUUGUUGACUGUUUAAAAAUGGAUAUUGUCAAACAAUUACCUGGAUUUUCGGUUACCUCUGAUGGUCACAAAACUGCCAAUGUUUGCAGGAAUCUGCGUUCACUGUUGAGCCAGGCAGAAUCUUUAAUUCCUAAUUUUUUGAACGAAGAGGAUGUUCAGCUCUUAAGAGUGUUCCAUGACCAAUUGCAAAAGGUGAUUACGUUUUCUGAAUUUGAAGGAAAUAGAGUUCAGGAUGCACAGAGUGCGGAAGGUUGCUUGUCACCUUUAGUGAGAGAACUUCCACAUCCUGAUAAUGGGAAAGGUAAUUUGAAGGAAGGAAUGUCCGAGACUUCUGCUUUUCAAGAAACUGAAAUUUGUCUCGACAGUGAACGAUGUGAUCAGGGCGAUGAUGCCGUGUUGAAGCAGGAGCAGGUUCUAGUUAAAGAUGAGGAUGAAUCUGGUAGAAAGGAAUCUGGAGGUUCAAAAGAGGAUGAGAGAGAUAUACAGAAUAUUGAAACUAGUGGAUCUGACACAAACUCUGCUAGAGGAAGGAAUAGUAUGCAGCAAAUAGACGUUGUUGAUUUUUCAAAGCCCAACGAGCAUGCCAAAGAGACAGAACAAGGUGGAAGUCUAGAGGAAGAGAAGGUUGAAAAUGUUCAUAGCAAAGAAAAGCAUAGACGAAAACGGAAACGUACCGUAAUGAACGAGAAGCAGGUUACAGUAAUUGAGAAAGCUCUAUUGGAUGAACCUGAAAUGCAGAGAUUUUCAGCUUCAAUCCAAUUUUGGGCUGAUCAAUUAAUUUCUUAUGGUUCUGAGGUUACACCAUCCCAGCUUAAAAAUUGGCUGAACAAUAGAAAAGCGAGGCUAGCGCGCACAGCUAGGGAUAUCCGUGCAAACUUGGAAGCUGAUGGUGUAAAUCCAGAUAAACAAGGGGGGGCUGCAGCCGGAUCCUGCGACUCACCUGAUAGCCCAAGUGAAGAUAAACAUGUACCUAAUACUAAUACAGCAAGAGAUCGGAGAAUCACAUCAAGAACUAAUGCAGUUAGCAGUUCCAAGAGUCCAACCACGGAAUUUGGCAACAUUUGCCCGACAGAAUUUGUUCACUGGAAGCCUGGCCAGUACGUCAUUCUCGUAGAUGUGCUUGGAGAGGAGGUGGCGAGAGGUAAAGUUCACCAGGUAUAUGGUAAAUGGUACGGAAGAAAUUUGGAUGAACUUGAAACAUUUGUUGUCGACGUUGAUGAACUGAAGGCUGAUAAAAAUAUGGUUCUUCCAUACCCAUCCGAUGCGACAGGCACCUCAUUUCAUGAGGCUGAAAUGAAAAUUGGCGUUAUGAGAGUGUUGUGGGAUUCCAACAAAAUCUCCAUGUUGCAGUCACAAUGAAGCCUAACCAGAUCCCCCUCCAGUAGUAACUGUAUUUGGUCUCCUGAAACCUUUGCUAAUUCCCAUCUGUCUUAUUUUAUCAGACCAGUUUAGGUAAUUUUCAGAUGUUAAUGAAUAGUAUAAGUUCUGUAUAAUAUGAGUACCUCUCUCGGAACAUCCUUCAAGCAUUGUGAAUGUGAAUGCGACAUGUGAGUACAGCUGGGAGAAUUUAUAAUAUUCAUAUAAUAUGUACUCUCUAUUCACGUUA